CUGGGACGCAUGUUUUGCAGGUUUCCUCACACCUGAGCCGAGGUGACAGAGCAGGUCGCACACACAGACAUGAGGACGCACAAGCUUUUAUCCAUCGCUCUGCUGGGCCUGCUGCUGCUGCUGCUGCUGGGGGCCUCCAGCAUCCAGGCCGCAGACCCCGAUGGGGACCCCGAGGAGGCAGCAGAGGCACGGGGGGACGCAUCGGCGGAGACGUCAGAGGACACCUCGGAGGAGACGGACGAGGAGCCAAAGAAGGAGAAGACAACCGAGAUAGAAGAAGAGAAAGACGUUUUGGUUCUGCACAUCAACAACUUUGACAGAGCUCUCAGCGAGAAUAAGUAUUUACUGGUUGAGUUCUACGCUCCCUGGUGCGGCCACUGCAAGCAGUUCGAGCCGGUUUACGCCGAGGCCGCGGAGAAGCUGAAGGACGAAGAGGCGGGGAUGCGCCUGGCCAAAGUGGACGCCAUCGAGGAGAGGGAGCUGGCCGACGAGUUUGACAUCGGCAGCUUUCCCACUCUGAAGAUGUUCGUCGGUGGAGACCGGCAGAAGCCUGUGGACUACACUGGUAAAAGAUCAGUAGUAGGAAUAAUUCAGUGGAUGAAGCGUCGCGCCGGUCCCGCUACGUCAAAUCUCGAUUCUGUGGACUCUGCGGCAAAGUUCAUCGCCGCCCACAACAUCUCUGUUGUUGGAUUCUUCAACAGCCUGGAAAGCGAGUCUGCCAAGGUGUUCGAGGAGGCCGCUUAUGAUUUGACGGACGUUGAGUUUGGAGUUACUUCAACUCCUGAAGUGUUUCAGAAGUACGAGGUGAAAUCAGACUCUGUGGUGCUCUUCAAAAAGUUUGAUGACGGCAGAGAAGACUACAUUUGGUCAAAAGAAGAGAAACUAGACAUGUCCAACCUGACCUCUUUCAUCAAGGAGAGCAGCCUGGAGCUCAUCAUCCCAUUCAGCUCUGAGGUAGCAGACAAGAUCUUCACGUCUCGCAUCCGCCUGCACAGCCUGCUCUUCAUCAACUCCACGGUGGCGAGUCAGGCGGAGCUGCUGGAGGAGGCCAAACCCAUCGCCAAAGAGUUUAAGGGCAAGAUGCUGUUCAUUGUAAUUAAUGUGACCGAGGCCUUGUCACAUGUGCUAAAUUAUUUCGGAGUGUCAGAAAGCGACGCACCGACUGCAAGGCUCAUCAACAUGGAAACACAGAAGAAGUUCAGCAUUCCCUCUGGAAGUCUAACGGCAGAUUCGCUACGGCGGCUGUGUCAGGAGGUUGUUGACGGCAGUGCAAAGCCGUACUAUCGUUCUGAGGAGAUCCCGGAGGACUGGGACAAAGAACCAGUGAAAGUCCUGGUGGGCAAGAAUUUUGAAUCUGUGGCUCUGGACCCGACCAAAAACGUCUUUGUUGAGUUUUAUGCUCCAUGGUGUGGACACUGCAAGGAACUGGCUCCUAUUUGGGACCAGCUGGCACAGAAAUAUGCAGACCAUGACAACAUCAUCAUAGCCAAGAUGGACGCCACCGCCAACGAAGUGGAGUCGCUGGUCAUAUCUGGAUUCCCAACUAUCAAAUAUUUCCCAGCUGAGGGCAAAGAGGUGGUCGACUACACUGGAAAUCGGGACCUGGAGACAUUUUCCAAGUUCCUGGAUAAUGGAGGAGUUUUACCAGAAGAGGAUAGCGGCGAGGAUGACGACGGUGACGAUGAAGAUGAUGGUGAGGAGGAUUCAGAUGCUGAAAAAGAGGACGACACUGAUGACCAGAGCAAGGAAGUAGACGAGUCUGCAGAGGUUCCUGCCAACAAGACAUCCAAAGACGAGCUGUAAUCAUGCUGAACGCCAAUUAAGAUCAAGCUAUCUCCCUCCAGUUUUCUUAAUAAAAGUGAUACAACUUGUAAA